UUACCUGCCCGGCCCCGAGCGCACGGAGGCGUGUGUGUGUAUCGGGGGGGAAGCGAGCACCUCGACUUUUGCGGAGGAAUUUCUUGUGCGGGAGGCGGGUCUUGGGGGACUGCAGUCCUGCUGUGGCUUCACCAGUUCCCCCGCCCAUGCACUGAGACCCAUCAGGAGAAGCAGCCUACAGACUUGCAAAUUGCCCCACCACCCUGAGGAAUCUGAGAUGAGAAUAGCCAGAUGUUGAUGAUCUUGACACUGUUUCUCUCUUAUGUAUGCUGACAGGGUAAAAAGCUUGAACAUGCCUCGUAGCCCAACAUCAAGCGAAGAUGAAAUGGCACAGAGCUAUUCCGACUAUUCUGUUGAGUCUGAAUCUGACAGUUCCAAAGAGGAAACUAUUUAUGACACAAUUAGAGCAACUGCAGAAAAGCCAAGCAGCAGAAUGGAUGACAGUCAGAGCAACACUCUGGUGAUUCGAAUUAUAAUACCUGAUCUCCAGCAAACGAAAUGCAUUAGAUUUAAUCCAGAAGCUUCAGUUUGGGUCGCAAAGCAACGAAUUUUGUGCACUUUGAAUCAGAGUUUGAAAGAUGUCCUGAAUUAUGGACUGUUCCAGCCAGCAAGCAAUGGUAGAGAUGGAAAGUUCUUGGAUGAGGAACGACUUCUCAGGGAAUAUCCACAGCCGGUGAAUAAAGGAGUUCCUUCCCUAGAGUUUCGAUACAAGAAAAGAGUGUACAAGCAGUUCAAUCUUGAUGAAAAACAGCUGGCCAAACUUCAUACAAAGGCUAACUUGAGAAAAUUUAUGGAUCAUGUCCAUCAUCUCUCAGUGGAAAAAAUCACAAAAAUGUUGGACCGAGGACUGGACCCCAACUAUCAUGACCUAGAAAGUGGAGAAACACCACUAACUUUGGCAGUUCAACUUGACAAUACAGUAGAAGUGAUAAAAGCUCUGAAAAAUGGAGGAGCACAUUUAGACUUCAGAGCCAGAGAUGGAAUGACAGCUCUGCACAAAGCAGCCAGAGCCAAAAACCAAGUAACCCUCAAGACUCUUUUAGAGCUGGGAGCAUCUCCUAACUACAAAGACAGCUGUGGCCUGACACCGCUGUACCACACUGCUGUUGUGGGGGGGGAUCCUUACUGCUGUGAACUUCUUCUUCAUGAACAUGCUACAGUUAGCUGCAAAGAUGAAAACGGAUGGCAAGAAAUUCAUCAGGCUUGCCGAUAUGGACAUGUCCAACAUCUGGAGCACCUUCUCUUCUAUGGUGCUGACAUGUGUGCACAGAACGCAUCGGGAAACACAGCGCUGCACAUCUGUGCUCUUUACAACCAGGAGAGCUGUGCCAGGGUGCUGCUAUUCCGUGGAGCAAACAAGGAGAUUAAGAAUUACAACAGCCAGUCUCCAUUUCAGGUGGCUAUAAUAGCAGGAAAUUUUGAGCUUGCUGAAUAUAUCAAGAAUCACAGGGAAGCUGAUAUUGGAUCCUGCUUCUCAUAUCCAAGUAGAAGUCCCCGGAAUCUGUUGCUACCAGUGCCCUUUAGGGAGGCUCCUACCUACUCAAACAGAAGGCGGAGACCCCCGAGCACCUUAGCAGCACCACGUAUCUUGCUUCGUUCCAACAGCGACAACAACCUGAACAUCAACAAUAUCCCUGAGUGGUCAGCCUCCUCUUCUGCGUCUUCCCACCGCAGCCUUUCACCUCAUCUACUUCAACAGAUGCAGAAUAAUCCUAAUGGAACUGUAAAAACUGUAGGGAGCUACACACCAUCCUCCCGGAGCCGGUCACCGUCCCUAAACAGGUUGGGAGAGGAUGGCAAACGGCAGCAGCACAGGCACAUCAGUGCUGUUUACAAUCCUAGUGCCAACAAGGAUACUCUGUCUGCCUUGGAUUAUCAGGGUCCAAAACGCAAGCUUUACAGUGCUGUACCUGGAAGACUUUUUAUUGUUGUAAAGCCAUAUCAACCUCAAGGAGAAGGGGAAAUUCACCUGCAUAAAGGAGACAGAGUAAAAGUUUUAAGUAUUGGAGAAGGUGGAUUCUGGGAAGGCAGCACCCGGGGACAUAUUGGAUGGUUUCCUGCAGAAUGUGUUGAAGAAGUUCAGUGUAAACCAAAUGAAAGCAAACCAGAAACACGAACAGAUAGAACAAAGAAACUGUUUAGACACUACACAGUUGGAUCUUAUGACAGCUUUGAUGCUUCAAGUGACUGCAUUAUAGAAGAAAAGGCAGUGGUCCUGCAGAAAAAAGACAAUGAAGGAUUUGGAUUUGUGCUCAGAGGGGCAAAAGCUGACACACCAAUUGAAGAAUUCACCCCAACUCCAGCCUUUCCUGCUUUGCAGUACUUGGAAUCUGUGGAUGAAGGGGGAGUAGCAUGGCAAGCUGGCCUGAGAACCGGAGACUUUUUGAUCGAGGUUAAUAAUGAGAAUGUUGUGAAAGUUGGCCACAGGCAGGUGGUGAAUAUGAUUCGACAAGGGGGCAAUCACCUAGUUCUAAAGGUUGUCACAGUAACAAGGAAUCUUGAUCCAGAUGACACAGCUAGAAAGAAAGCCCCACCACCUCCUAAGCGAGCUCCAACCACUGCACUGACCUUGCGGUCUAAGUCAAUGACCUCAGAGCUUGAAGAGCUUGAUAAGGUGGAUGAAAUAGUACCAGUUUCCAAGCCAUCAAGAAUUGCAGACAAUGCAACUGUGGAUUCAAGAGUGGCAACUAUUAAACAGCGGCCUUCUAGUAGAUGUUUUCCCUCAGCUACAGAUAUGAAUUCUAUGUAUGAGAGACAGGGUAUUGCUGUGAUGACGCCCACUGUACCAGGGAGUCCACAAGGUCCUUUUCUGGGUAUACCUCGGGGUACAAUGAGAAGACAAAAAUCUAUAGGAAUAACAGAGGAAGAACGGCAGUUUUUGGCUCCUCCUAUGCUGAAGUUUACCAGAAGUCUUUCAAUGCCUGACACCUCUGAAGAUAUCCCUCCACCACCGCAGUCCUUACCCCCUUCACCGCCACCACCUUCUCCCUCUCUGUACAACGCUCCCAAAUCCCCAACGUCAAGGAGCUAUGGAACUAUCAAACCUCCAUUUAAUCAGAAUUCAGGUGCAAAAAUUUCUUUGGUUAGGCCUGAAAAUGUGGGAACAAUGAUGAGGGACAAAGGGAUCUAUUACAGACGAGAACUGGACCGCUACUCUCUGGACUCUGAGGACCUGUACAGUCGGAGUGCCACAGCUCAGGCAAAUUUCAGGAACAAAAGAGGUCAGAUGCCUGAAAACCCAUAUUCUGAGGUUGGGAAGAUUGCAAGCAAAGCAGUUUAUGUACCGGCCAAACCAGCAAGGCGGAAGGGGAUGCUAGUUAAACAAUCCAAUGUUGAAGAUAGUCCAGAAAAGACCUGCUCUAUUCCAAUCCCCACAAUUAUUGUGAAAGAGCCGUCCACCAGCAGCAGCGGGAAGAGCAGCCAAGGGAGCAGCAUGGAAAUUGACCCUCAGUCUUCAGAACAACCUGGGCAACUCCGACCUGAUGACAGUUUAGGUGUCAGCAGUCCAUUUGCAGCAGCCAUUGCUGGAGCAGUGAGGGACAGGGAAAAGCGGCUGGAAGCGAGGCGUAAUUCUCCAGCCUUCCUCUCCACAGACCUAGGAGAUGAAGAUGUUGGGCUAACACCACCAACACCACGUAUGAGGCAAUCUAAAUUUACUGAUGAAGCAAUGUUUAGUAGUGAAGAUGGCUUUAGGCAGCUUAUGUCACCAUCUCCAAUUCCUGCACCUAGAGAGCCUGAAAAUCUUUUUAAUAGCAGUGAUCCCAGCAAUCAAAGCGAUGCAAGGACAUUAAAUACUUCGUCCAAAACAAAGGGUACUGAAAACAGUACAGCGGCAGCUAAGUCCACAAAUGCAUCCACCUCCGAUAAUUACGUUCACCCGGUCACAGGAAAGCUGCUAGAUCCAAACUCACCGCUAGCCCUCGCUCUCUCUGCCAGGGACAGAGCCAUGAAAGAACAAACACAGCAGAUUCCAGGCAAAGUGGACACUGUUAAGGCUGACCUUAAUAAACCACUUUACAUCGAUACAAAGCUGAGACCCAAUAUUGAAACGACAUUUCCUGUUACUGCUACUGUCUCUAGGCAAAAUACUCGUGGUCCACUACGAAGGCAGGAGACUGAGAACAAGUAUGAAACAGAUGCAGGGAAAGAAAAGAAGGCUGAAGAGAAGAAAAACAUGUUGAUAAACAUUGUGGAUACUUCACAGCAGAAGUCAGCUGGCUUAUUAAUGGUUCAUACCGUGGACACGGCAAAGUCGGAUGAUACACCUGAGGAUGAAGAGGAAAAGGGAGCUGAAAUGGAACCGAGCCCUGAAAACUCCCUGACAGAGAGGCCAGAGGGGAGCGAGGAAGCUGAAAGUGAGCUGAACGUGCCUGCUGUGCCUGAGCCACCGGCAUCUCCCUGCAAAACCAUUGUGGCGGCGAGCUCUGUCGACGACCCAGUCAUCUUGCCCUUCCGCAUCCCCCCACCACCCUUAGCAUCAGUUGAUAUUGAUGAAGAAUUUAUUUUUACUGAGCCACUACCACCCCCCUUAGAGUUUGCCAACAGCUUUGACAUCCCUGACGACCGCUCGGUGCCCGCUUCAGCUCUCACGGACUUGAUUAAGCAAAGGAAAAACGGCACACCUUCACCUGCGCCAUUCGUCACCAGCCAGCCAACCAAUUCUUUAGACAGUAAAAAGCAAGUGGGUCUUUCAAACUGUUUGCCUGCCUCCUUUCUGCCACCCCCUGAUAGCUUUGACAACGUCACUGACUCUGGGAUUGAGGAGGUAGACAGUCGGAGUAGUAGUGACCAUCACUUAGAGACAACCAGCACUAUCUCAACGGUGUCCAGCAUCUCUACCUUAUCCUCGGAAGGGUGCGAGAACGUGGAUACUUGUACAGUCUAUGCAGAUGGGCAAACAUUUCUGGUGGACAAACCCCCAGUACCUCCUAAGCCAAAAAUGAAGCCCAUAAUCAACAAAAGCAAUGCACUUUACAAGGAUGCGCUAAUUGAAGAAACUGUAGACAGCUUUGUUAUUCCUCCUCCCGCUCCACCCCCACCUCCCAUCAGUGCGCAGCCCAAUAUGGCAAAGGUUGUUCCCCAGAGGACAUCUAAGCUAUGGGGGGAUGUGACGGAGGUGAAAAGCCCAAUUCUCUCAGGCCCAAAGGCUAAUGUUAUUAGUGAAUUGAACUCAAUACUCCAGCAAAUGAAUAGAGAGAAAUCCUCAAAGCCAGGGGAAGGAUUGGAGUCACCUACUGGAACAAAAACUGCAAGUCUCAGUACAAGGAGCACAGAAGUCAUGAGUACUGUCUCAGGUACACGAAGUACAACAAUCACUUUCACUGUCCGACCUGGAACCAGCCAGCCGAUCACACUGCAGAGCAGGUCCCCAGACUAUGACAGUAGGACCUCAGGAGCACGGCAUGCUCCAAGCCCUGUGGUUUCACCAACAGAGAUUAAUAAAGACAUCAUGCCUGCUCCUCUGACUGCUUCUGCUUCAGCUUCAUCUCCUUCUCCAACUCUGUCUGAUGUAUUUAGCCUACCCAGCCAGCCCCCCUCUGGGGACUUAUUUGGCUUGACCACAGGGCGCAGCAGGUCUCCUUCUCCCUCAAUAUUACAACAGCCAAUCUCAAAUAAGCCUUUUACAACUAAGCCUGUCCACCUGUGGACUAAACCAGAUGUGGCAGAUUGGUUGGAAAGUCUAAACUUAGGUGAACACAAAGAAACAUUUAUGGACAAUGAAAUAGAUGGCACUCAUUUACCAAAUCUACAAAAGGAAGAUCUGAUAGACCUUGGAGUGACUAGAGUUGGGCACAGAAUGAACAUAGAAAGAGCUCUGAAACAGCUGCUGGACAGAUAAGAAUAGCUAUUUUGCCUCACAAACUUCUGUUGAUAACUAGAGAUGGGCUGGUACUGAAAUACCCCAAAUGCCUUGUCUGUCUGCGAGUGCCAGCAAAAUUAGGGGGGAAAAAUAAAACAGUUUAAUUCCUGGUACUCAGGUAAUGCAGACUAUAUGUUACACACCCAAAUAUAAAUCUAAAUGUGUUGCACGAGUGGGGCCAUUUAUUUCAAAGUUGUGGGGAGAUACAAGAGAGAGAGAGAGAAAAUUGUUAACUUCAAAAAUAUUACCAUCUAUUGAUGCUGCCCUUCUCCUGGAACCAUUACAGACCAGUUUUCUUUUAACUUCAAAUUGUAAGCUUUUUUUUUUCUCCUUAAUUGAAAAGCACUGUAUUCUCUUCUUGACAUUCAUUCAGACUCCCAGCAGGUUUCCUUUCUGAAAUCUUAGUUUAUUUAAAGAGGACAGAUUGCUUCAUUACCAUUCAAAUCCAUUUUUGUUAGCAGAGGUACAAUAUUGAGACAGGUACAGGAGUUCAUAUAACUGUUUUUUUACGAAGUUUAGCUCUCCGAUUUGUUGGCAGAGAAGCUGGUUGUUCUGCUGGAAUUAGCUCAAAGGUAACCUUGCUCUGUUUUACCUGGUAUUUCUUUAUUUCUGCAGUUAUACUUAGCACUCUUCCAAGGUGGCAGAACAAGUUCAAUACAUGCUCCAUUGACGUGACCUGUAAGACGAUGCAGAUAUUUCAUAAAAGCUGAGAAGGAAUGCUCACUUAGAGGUACAACAAAAUGAAGCUAGUUUCAACCUGAGACCCCCAGUUUUCAACCAGCUAAACUACUGCUAAGUCGCAAUGUGAACUCUGCAAACCAGAAAAAAAAAUUGGGUUUAUGUACAGCUGCAUCUUCAGGACUUCACAGUCAGAUAUCAAAUACGCUGACCCCUGAGUGAUAUUGUCUAAUCCAGUGAGUGAGAAGUACUUAGAUAUUUUGAACAUCGAGCCAAGAAAGAUUAAGUAGAUGAAUGUUCCCAUUGAAGUCAACGAGAAGGUUGCCAGUAUUUUAAGUAAGAGAGGAAUUUCAAGCUGUUAGCAGAAAUAGAAAUAGUUUAUGUUGCUUAAAAAGAAAAAAGAAAAGAAAAAAAAAAGAGAAAGCUAAUGCCGAGAUAGACCAAGGUAUGUAGUGUCCCAGAGCAUAUGUGCUUAAGGGGCAAGGGAAGUAGUAGCUAUCCGGUUUCUCGUUUUUAUUGCUAUUAACAAGUAUGGGCUCCUGGACCAGAAGAGCAGAGUGAGCACCUCCUGGGGGGCUGAACGCUUCCCAUGGCCACCCGUGAUUGCUGUGCAGGUGGCAGUGAGCACGCCCUGCUCUGGGCCGGAGCUUCCAGGAGACCUCGGCAGCAGGGGGAGCACACAUUUGGUCAGUCUGACUAUUUCAUUUUUUUAUUUGUUUUAAGUUAACAAGUCUCUCUCUGCAUGUUUGACCUCCCCUUGUAAUUAACACCUCUAAAUAUCUGUGAGUUUUGUAGGUCUUUAUUAACAUAAUACUCAAGAUGUUCAAGGUGGAUAAAUUGUGUGUGGAUGGCUAGACUGCCUACCUACCAUACUUUCAGGUUCUCUUACAUUUUGCAGGAUACCUGAACUUUCUUUCCUUGAUAUGUUCCUUGAUAUGGUCCAGCCUAUCUCUAAUUUUUUUAUUGUGAUUAUUUUUGCUCACAAACAAGUGUCUAAUUAGGUCUGCAACAGCCCUAGUAUGAGUACAUAAAGUUUAGCAUUUUAAAUAUCUUUCUUUACUGCAAGUUUAAAUAGUUGUACAGAUAGUUUAUAAGCACAAUAUUUUAAGAAAAUAAGUGGCUGGUCUACUGGGCAGCCUUUGUGCCACUUCAGUGCUAGAAAGUGAAAAACAACAAAAAAAAAAACUUUUGUGGUUUAAUACUAUUUCUGUGGAAUAAUUAUAAAGUCUUGACCUUUUUAAAAUCAACCUCAUUUGGAUGCAUCUGAACCAGCAGAGCUGUGUUAUAUUUUCUAUCUUUGCUAGAACUUCUACAAAGGAGGAUGAAUAUUUCUUCAAAAGUGGUUAUAGUUACCAACGCAUUGGAUACUCACAAAAAGCAACUUAUUUAGCCUCCUGCCCCCUUUACGGAACAACAAGUCCUUUGACUUAACAUCUGUUACUACGCUAUAUUUGUAUUUGAAAGUUCCAAGUAACCUUGUAAUAAAAACCAAGUACUAAGGUGUUUUACUUCCAAAAGUACUGCAUUUUUCCAUAGGUGGUGUAGAAGAUGACAGUCUCAUUCAGAUAGUCAACACAGACAACUUGAGGCCAUCAGAUACUUUCAGAAGUGUACAAAUGGUAAUUUAGCCAUCAUUGUCUUCCAUUUGGUGAUACGACAGAAUUCAGUAAAUAAACCACUAAUGCCA